GUUGAUUAUAAUGUCAGUACUGUCCAAUUUACAGGCUUAACGUAGCAGCCACACACUGCUUUUCACUGAAGUAUACAAAGAUCUUGACUCUUUUAGAAACUUUGUAGUCUUUGCAAUAGAAGCUGGGGAAUGAUGACAUGCAGCAAUGGAACAAGUGUCUGCACAAGAUUUCUGAUGUGGUUUCUUCUACUGUAUAUGUUUGUAAGGAAGGUGCUACCUGAAGACGACAUUAUAGUUACUACUAAGAAAGGAAAAGUAAGAGGGAUUCACUUGCCCGUACUUGGGGGAACUGUGACGGCCUUUCUGGGAAUUCCUUAUGGCGAGCCACCACUUGGUAGACUACGAUUCAAAAAACCAGAGCCCCGCAACAAGUGGACAGAGAUUUGGGAUGCCACAAAACAUGCAAACUCUUGUUAUCAGAAUAUAGAUAAAACUUUCCCUGGAUUCCCUGGGUCAGAGAUGUGGAAUCCAAACACUAACCUUAGUGAAGACUGCUUAUACCUCAAUGUAUGGGUUCCUUCUCCAAAACCCAAAAAUGCAACUGUCAUGGUAUGGAUUUAUGGGGGUGGAUUUCAAUCAGGGACAUCCUCUUUACCUGUCUAUGAUGGUAAAUUUCUGGCACGUGUUGAAAGAGUCAUUGUAGUUUCAGCGAACUACAGAACAGGGGCACUAGGAUUCUUGGCUUUACCGGGAAACCAGGAAGCUCCAGGAAAUGCAGGUUUAUUUGAUCAAAGGUUAGCACUUCAGUGGGUCCAGGAGAACAUAGCUGUCUUUGGUGGCAAUUCUAAAAGUGUGACUUUAUUUGGAGAGAGUGCCGGGUCUGCUUCUGUUAGCUACCAUAUCCUUUCUUCUGAAAGCCAUCCUCUUUUCACAAGAGCCAUCAUGCAAAGUGGCGCUGCUAAUGCCCCCUGGGCCACACUAACACAUUCUGAGGCAAGGAAGAGAACUUUGACCUUAGCUAAACUACUCAGCUGCUCGGGUAGCAAUGAUACAGACAUAAUUCUCUGUCUCCAAAACAAGGAUCCCCAGGAUAUCCUCGAGAAUGAAGUUUCUGUUCUAACACACAACUAUCUUUUAAAAACAUAUUUCUGUCCCAUAGUUGAUGGUGAUUUUCUCACUGAAAUGCCACAAACAUUGCUCCAUCAUGGGCUCUUUAAACAAACCCAACUCUUAGUGGGAGUUAACAAAGAUGAAGGGACAUCUUUUCUAGUGUAUGGGGCACCUGGUUUCAGCAAAGAUAAUGAUAGCCAGAUCAAUAAAACAGAAUUUCAAGUAGGUUUAAGUGAGUCUUUUCCAGAAGCAAGUGAACUUGGGGUGGAAUCAAUCAUUUUUCACUACACAGACUGGGAAGAUGAGCAGAACCCUAACAAUUAUCGUGAUGCUAUGGAUGACAUUAUUGGGGAUUACAAUAUCAUAUGUCCUGUAAUGGAGUUCACAAAUUUUUUUGCUCAACUAGGAAAUAAUGUAUUCUUCUACUUCUUUGAACAUCGGUCCUCAAAACUUGCUUGGCCAGAAUGGAUGGGAGUAAUGCACGGUUAUGAGAUUGAGUUUGUAUUUGGAUUGCCUCUAGAGAGAAGAGUUAAUUACACCAAAGCUGAACAAAUCUUGAGUAGAUCCAUGUUGAGAUACUGGGCAAGUUUUGCGAAAACAGGAACUCCAAAUGGGACUCGGAUUAAUGGAACCAGAUGGCCAAUCUUCACUACAGCUGAACAAAAAUACUUAACAUUAAACACCGAAGCUUCAAAGAUAUAUACAAAAUUACGUGCCCAGCAGUGUCGAUUCUGGAAUGUAUUUUUUCCCAAAGUCCUGGAAAUGACAGGAAAUAUUGAUGAAGCAGAACGAGAAUGGAAAGCUGGAUUCCAUCGCUGGAACAAUUACAUGAUGGACUGGAAAAAUCAAUUUAAUGAUUACACUAGCAAGAAGGAAAGCUGUGCAGGUCUCUAAUUAAUAGGUUUACCCUUUCGAGAAUGUCCAUAUUACCAUUGAUCAAGGUAAACAUACCAGUAACUAUCUAACGUGUUUAGCAAUAAAGCAUAUUAUGUAAAUUAAACAAAAUGUCAUGAAUAUAAUAUUGAUUCCCCAGAUCUUUUAGUUUAUAUUCUACCUUGUAUCUCAAUAAACAAUAUAAGGCACUCAUACCCUUUUAAAGCUUCAGAGUAUGUCAGAUAGGACUAUAGAUAUGAAAGUCUGAAGAUUAAUGAUGUACAUGUUAUCAUAAACACUAGCAGCUUAAAGUCUCACUUCAAGGAAACAUUGUAAUCUAUUACAGAAAGUGUAAUUUUUUAAAAUAGAAAUAUCAGUAUUUUAUAAUAUUGUCUGGAAAGCACAACUGAUGUAGAUCUUUAGCGGCAAUGUCACAGCAUUAUGAACCUUGCUUCAGUUGUAAUUUAGUUGACAUAAACAGAUGAUAACAUUUCUGGACACAACAAACGUUAACCAUUUGUUAAAUCAAAGGGUUUUUUAAGAGAGUUAUUAAACCUUGAAUAAUUGCUUCUUUAAGGCCCAGUCCCUGGGAAUCACCACACAGCCCAUGUAUUCAUACAUUAAUAUUCCCUACUAGGAGCCAGGGAUAAAAAAAAUCCUUCCCCUAUGUUAUAGAACCACUGUGGAGCCAGUCUGUGUAGCACCUCUGCUGUCCGUUAUCCCACUCAUCAGGGAGCAAAGGCUCAAAGUAACGGAUCCACAGCCAGGGCCAGCCUUUCCCUGAUCAUCCAUCUCUCUCUCUUUGCCCUGUGCAAGACUUCCCUGUGGAGCUGGGCUCUGGAUAGGGGAUGCAAAUGCCCACUGAGCACCCCCACCCUUGAAUAAUUCUGUCCCUCUUCACCCAGUGGAACUAGCCCAGAUUCAUUGUAGGGAGGAGCUCCCUGCACAUUGAAGGAUGGAUUCAGAUUUAAUCCUAAGUGACUAGAUUCAACAUAGUGUCAGUCGCAUCAGUUUACCAAAGACCAGAAAUAUAACCUCAGUUGUCCUGAUUAGGUAGAAGAAUUACAAUCUGUAGAACAUAGGCCCUAUCCUGUAGUGUGUAGUCAUUAUUCUGGCAAGUCCCUCAGUUAAGUCAUUGGGAGCUGAAGGAGAUCCGUAUUUUGCAGAAGUGGGCCCUUAGGUUUGUAUGACUGAGCCCCAGGUUUGGUUCAUAUAAAAUCCCUCCUAAUGUUUUCCACAAACUCUAACUGAAUCUUUUUUGUGGAUUCAAAACAAAAAUGUGUAUGACUAUUUCCCCAUUAAUCUGUACUUCUUGGUUCUGGCUUGAAUGGGAAGCAAAAUGCCACAAAAUACAGUAAGAUGCUAUCCUUGGUCCAUCUGGAAGGAAGUAUUAUCAGAAUUCUCCUGAGACAGCAGGCUUUGGUGAAAUUCAUAGUCCAUUUUGGCAGACUGAAGAGAUCUGGAUAACACUAAGAUGAUGGAGAAGCAGAUGAAAAUAAAGAUGUAAACUCCGAGAAAAAAGACUGACAGCUUCUUUUGCAACAAGCACUUUAGCUGAUAAAAUAUGUUCACCCUUUUGAU